ACUCCCCGGGACCCCCGGGAAUCCCCGGGACCCCCGAACUCCCCGUGACCCCCGGAACCCCCCGGGACUCCCGGGAACCCCCAGAGCCCGCCAUGGUCUGCGGAGGCUUCGCCUGUUCGCGCAACGCGCUCUGCGCCCUCAACGUGGUUUAUGUGCUGGUGGGGGUUCUGCUGGUGGCCGUGGCGGGCUGGGCGCGGGGCCUGGCCGGGGGCUCCAGCCCCCCCCUGCUCGGAGGAGCCUUCGCCGUCGGAGUCUUCCUCCUGCUGAUCGCGGCGCUGGGGCUGCUCGGGGCCCUGCGGCACCACCAGGUCCUGCUCUUCUUCUACGUGCUGAUCCUGGGCCUGGUGUUCCUGUGCCAGCUGGGCGUGUCCUGUGCCUGCCUCGCCCUGGGCCCUGAGGCUCAGGAGCGGCUGCUGCGCUCGGCCUGGCCCCUGCUGAGCGCGGGGGCGCGGGGGCAGCUGCAGCUCAGGCUGGGCUGCUGCGGGCUGGGGGCGCCCCCCGGGACCCCCCCCCCGGCCCUGGAGCCCCCCUGGGAACCCCCAAACUGCCCGGCUAGGUGCCGGUUCCCCCCGGGGGGGGCGCCCCCGUGCCCCCCCUGCGCCCCCCAGCUGCUGCAGCACUCGGAGCAGGCGCUCAGGAUCCUGGGGGGGGUCGGGCUCUUCUUCAGCUUCACCGAGGUUUUGGGGGUCUGGCUCGCCCUGCGUUUCCGGAAUCAGCGCGACCCCCGCGCCAACCCCGGAGCCUUCCUAUAGCGGGGGGGGGCGCAGCCCCUCUGGGGAGGGGUCCCAACCCUGGGGGGGGGGGUCCAGAACCCCCCAGUGCUGACCAGCUGCCCCCCCCCCCCCCCCACACAGCGGCUGCAUGAAGCACUGGGGACAAGGACACCCCCAACCCCCCCCAAAUCAUGGGGUGACCCCCCCCGGCGGGGCUGUGACCCCCCCAGACCCCCCCCCCCCCCCCAAAUCCAUCUCAGUCUGAGCUCUCCAAACUGGUUUGUACUGGUCAUUCACCACCCCCCACCCCACCACUGCUGGGGGGGUCAGGGACACCCCCAAACUGGGGAGGGGCACACGGGGCAGGACCCCCCCAAAGCGACCCCCGGGGGGUCACAACCUCCCUAAAUCCAGCAGGGCCCCCCCAUCCCAGCACCCCUAAACUGGUCUGGACUGGUUUACACUGGUGACCCCCCCAGACCCAAUUUGGGGGGCAGGGGGACACCUCCCCCCCCCCUGCUGUCACCACGGGGGGGUCUCACCGUGUCCCCCCCCCCCCAAUAAA